AUGGACUACAUGCCUAAUGUCCAGAAUCUUCUCGCAAGCAACGGCACGACCUUCUCGAAUCACUACUGCACCACAGCAUUAUGCUGUCCUUCGAGAGUCAGUCUCUUCACAGGGAAAUGCGUUCACAACACCAAUGUGACUGAUGUCCGGCUGCCAUACGGGGCCUAUCCAAAGUUUGUGAGCGAGGGGCUCAAUGAUGAUUACUUGCCGAUCUGGUUGAGGGAAGGUGGCAAAAACACUUACUAUGUUGGCAAACUGUUCAACGGCCAAAGCAUUCACAAUUACAGAGACCCAGAGGCAAAGGGCUGGACUGACAGCAACUUUCUGUUGGAGCCGGGAGUAUACGAUUACUGCAACACAACUUGGGCCAGACAGGGACAAAACUGGACGUCCUUGCCCGGACAAAACGCUGUGACUCUGACGCAUCAGCACGCCGUGGAGAUGCUGAAUCAGGCUGCUAAAGCCCAAAAGCCAUUCUUCUUGACGGUGGCUCCGGCGGUGCCUCAUGUCGGGAUCCGAGCAAAAGGAAGCGGUACUUUUAUGCCGAUUCCACAGAAGAAGUGGGAAAACGCGUUUAGCAGUGAGACAGUGCCGAGAGUCAAGAAUUUCAACCCGAAGAAAGAAGGAAGCGUCUCGUGGCUGCAAAACCUCCCGCAUCAAGACAGGUCUGUUGUGGACAAGCUCGACGACCUGUAUCGUGCAAGGCUUCGCGUCAUUGCAGGCCUUGACGACAUGGUUGCUGACCUUGUGGCAAUCCUGGACGAAUAUCGUAUUUUGAACAACACGCAUGUCAUCUAUACCACAGACAAUGGCUACCAUAUUGGGCAGCAUCGGAUGGGUCCGGGGAAGAAGACGGGUUAUGAAACCGAUAUCAACAUACCCAUGAUAUGGCGAGGCCCUGGCGUCCCCGCUGGUCAGACUUCACAAGCUGUUACCACCCACACGGACCUUGCCCCGACAUUUCUCGACCUGUUUGGCCUGCCACAAAGGACUCAACUGGAUGGACAUACUAUGCCCCUGGCUGGAGCUGUAACCACAGACAGCGGCGUGAGCAACGUUGAGCAUGUCAAUGUUGAGCACUGGGGCGUUGCAGACCCAUAUGAAUUGGCAGCUCCCCAUCCGAACUUCACUGUCAAGGGUGAGCACAAUAGCACCUACAAGUCGCUAAGGAUCAUAGGAGCUGAUUACAGCUUCUACUACUCGGUUUGGUGCACCAACGAGCAUGAGCUGUACGACAUGAAGAGCGAUAAAUACCAGAUGCAGAAUCUGCUGCCGAACGUUAACGACAUCGCCAAAGCCCCAAAGCAGCAGAUCCUCGGACGAGCACUCAACAAGUUCGUUGCACGAGUCGAUGCUCUCCUGCUUGUCCUUAAGUCAUGCCGAGGGAUUGAAUGCACUGAUCCGUGGCUUCAGCUCCACCCGCAGGGUAAUGUCAGAAAUCUUCGAGACGCCCUCAGUGCCCAGUAUGACCAAUUUUAUGCCGCACAGCCGAAGAUUAUGUUUUCGGCCUGCAAGGAAGGAUACUUGAUUGAGUUCGAAGGCCCGCAAACGGCCCUGCGAUACGAUAGCGACGUAUUUAGGCUGAGCAGCCAGUAG